AUGGCAAAAUGUCGUCAAAAAAACGAUUGUUGCAGUUGGAAGCUGAUCGUAGUCUUCGCCUCGUUCAGUAACUGCCUUCUCAUAGUUGGAGUAAACCACUGCACGGGAAUACUCUUUGCGAGUUUCCAGAACGAGUUUAGGAGCACCACAGCGGAGACUGCGGUAAUCUCUAGUAUUAUGACGUCGUUGUCAUUCUUCGGAUCUACCAUUGGUGGUGCUUUGGGGAACGCUCUGGGCUGCCGUAUCACCGCAAUGAUUGGUGGACUCUGCACCCUAAUUGGCAUGAUAGGGGGCGCCCUUACCAGCAAUAUUUACUCGUUUUACGUCACAAGUGUUGUCAUAGGACUUGGCACUGGGAUUCUCUUCACGCCCUCUAUUGUCGUCCUUGCUCAAUACUUUAAUAAAGGUUACGCUCUUGCCUGUGGGUUUAGAAGCUGUGGCGUAGGAGUAGGAAUGAUUGUAUACGGCCCAUUGGUGCAAACUCUAUUGGAUACUUACGGUUGGAGAGGUACCAUUAUUAUCAUGGGUGCUAUUUUAGCUAAUACGAUUGCAGCUGGGGCGAUCUUUCGCCCCGUAAAACCUCACCACAAAGUCCAGGAACAACAAGAGAUGACCAAGCUAAACAGCAGAACGGUUGAAAAGUCUCCAAAGUCAAAGAAAAAUUGUCUUGCUACAGCUAUUGUGAAGUUAUUUCGGCUGAAUUUGUUACGUUCGAGUUACCGCUUUUGCGUAGUUUGUUUCGCACACUGCACCUACGUCACUGCGUAUUACUGCUUCUCAAUUUACCUCGUCUCGUUUGCUACGUCAUUGGGUAUCCUAAACACAGAUGCAGCAUUCCUGUUUAGUAUUUCGGGUAUCACCAGCAUUGUUGGGCGUCUGCUAUGUGGAGUUAUAUGCGGAAAGUUAUCUGCCCAAAUGAUCUACCAACUUACUAUGCUCGUCUGUGGAGGUUCGAUUCUCAUAACUCUACUUGGUACAUACACGUACUUUGUGCUAUCAGCGGCCAUUUUGGGAUUCGCACUUGGGUUUUAUCAGACCAUUGUUUUGGUAGUAGUGCGUGACUUUGUAGGAGUGGAUAACUUUGGAUCCGCAGUUGGGAUGUAUUCUCUAUUGAGCGGUGUAGCUGGCUUGCUUGGUCCUAUACUGGCAGGCGCCCUCUACGAUGUGAAUGGGAGCUACUUCGUCCUUUUUGCUAUCUUCGGUGGAUUAUUUUUCCUGGGAUUCCUACCGACUCUCUUGUUUCCUUAUCUAAAGAGGAUUGAGCCAGGAAUUGCCGAUAACAUCGUGGACAAAUAA